UUUCACAAUCCAUUGGUUAUAGUAUAUGGCUGUUUAGUGAUUUUACUAGUUAGGGCUACGUUUUUGGUUGCGAAACUUCUAUUUUAUUAUAUAUAUGUAUAUAUAUUUUAAAUCCUUGACUAGUACUAGGUAUGCUGUUGUAGGAGUUUAGAAAGUCAUGGUUAUAGGAAUUUUUUAGGAAUCUGUGUACUGUAGUUUCUAUGAAAUGGGCCCCUUGUUACAUGAUUUAAGAGUUGUAAUGAAAGUUUGUCCUGUUUAAAGCAUUAGGUACUUUUCUUUUUUCUUUUUCCUAUUUGUUGAAUUCUUCUACUAACUCGAGUGUGGAACUCAAGCGGCCUGUACGGAGUAAGGUACUUUUCUCUUUUAUUUUUCCUAUUUGCUGAAUUUCUGUUCAUUCAAAUCGGUCAAAUUGGCCUUAAUCAUCAUAAUCUGAACGCAUCUCUUGUAAUCCAUUAUUUUACAAAGCCUAUUCCUAUUUUCCUUGUUUUAAUCUAUACUAAGUUGUCCUUCAUCACUAGUAGAGAGUGUAUCACUCUUUAAAGGUAGAGAAGGCAUGCAACUUUGAUGGUGGUAGUGCUGUUGGAAGGACUGCCAGCAUUAGGUGGUUCAGGUGGCGUUGUUUUGUUAAUGGUAGUGCUUGUGCUCAUGUGAUGAACGUAAACUUGAAGUUGAGUAGAAGUGGAGGCAGAGCAAGUGCAGCUUAACAUGAGUGUGGUGGCGGUGGCAUCAGUUGCCUUGGUGGCAGUGGUGGUGGUCAUUCAAGUGGCCACGGUAGAUUUGUACUUUACCCUUCUAAAGAGAAUUGGCAUUGAAGCUCAGAGCAAUUGCAGAGGUCAUCUACUCACCUCAAUUCUUUCGCUAAUUCCUACUUUAAUUUGUUUGGAUUACCAGCUUCGGAUCAUUAUAAAACCAAAGCCAUGCAUUGGAGUUGGGCCUUUAUGUACUGCACAGCAGAUGCGUUACCAUGUUCUUCGGCUAUUACAUGGAAUUUGGACUCCUAUUCCUCGAUCUAUGAAAGAUUAUAUUACAUAUUUUAAAGCCCAAUGGUUAUCAGAGUCUUCAUACUCCAUUUCAUUAUGAGAGCAUGUUUCGGCUGGAAGUUCAGGUCACCUUCUGAAUCUUUAUUCUUUCCCAAUUAUGCAAUUAUUCUCC